AUGCCUCAUUACCCACUCAACACAUGUACACUACCAACGAGUGAAGGAUCAUACUCUAUACACCCAUACCCAAAUCCUUAUACCAUCCACCUACUACAUUCCUUCUUCCUCACCCAUCAACCUCAUAGAUAUGCCUUUGUUGAGUUUGAAGUUCCUCGUGAUGCUGAAGAUGCUAUGGCUGACAUGCAAGGUCGACGAUUUGAUGGUGCUCCUUUGACCAUUCAAUGGACAAAGGGAGCUCCUGGUCGCUCGUGGAGGUUGGGAGAAGAUCAAGGCCCUCCGGGUCGCGGCCCUCCUCCUCAAGGAAGAGGUCGAUCUCCUUCUCCCCGUCGUGGUCGCUCUCCUUCUCCUGGCUACCGUCGUGGCCCACCACCUCCUCGUGAUGAUCUUCCUCCCAGGCGCGAGUUCGACCUCCCAACUCGACGAAUUGAUGACUAUGACCGAAGAGGCUCAGACAUAGGUCGUGAUGUGCGAGAUAUAAGGGAUUUGAGAGAUGACCGUGGUGCUGAACGUGAUGAUCGCCCUCCUACCUCAAACCUUCCCUCGGCUAACUCUGAUCGUAGCUGGAACUAA